AGGAGCAGGUCACGUCGCAUGGUACUUUGACCGUGACAGCGCACUGACAGCUCCCAGCAGGGAGGGACUGGAGGCGGUGGCUUUGUGCAUAGGGAUAGGCCGAGGCUAACACUCAGCCAGUGCAGGCUACAGGCUAGAAGCUUCGCCAACAUGCAGGCCCGGAGCUGCAGCCUUCUCUCUGAGGUCAGCACGAGCCGCCUGUCCGUCCUUCACCGACAUCUUACUGCAGUUCCUGUAUCCGCUCUAGCUACAACCACUAACUAUCCAUCAGAAUUUAGCUAUACUCUGGAUAACCAUCUUCUGACAGCAGAACAGAGACAGUUCUAUGAGGAAAAUGGUUUUCUCGUGAUUAAAAAUCUGGUUUCCAAUCGUGACAUAGAUCUCUUCAGGAAUGAGUUUGAAAGACUGUGCAAGAGAGAGGUGACUGCACCUGGCCUGAUGAUCAUGAGAGAUGUUGCCAUUGCCAAAUCAGAGUAUGUCCCAGAUGAGAAAGCAGUUACCAAGGUGCAAGAUUUCCAGGAAGUCCCUGAACUAUUCAGAUACUGCUGUCUGCCUCAGAUUUUACAAUACGUGGAGUGUUUCACUGGACCCAAUGUCAUGGCUAUGCACACUAUGCUUAUCAACAAACCUCCAGAUCCAGGUAAAAAGACUUCUCGCCACCCAAUGCAUCAAGACCUGCACUACUUCCCCUUCAGACCUGCGGAACGCAUUGUCUGUGCGUGGACAGCUAUGGAACGAAUUGACCGCAGCAAUGGAUGCCUUGUAGUUCUUCCAGGAACUCACAAAGGCACACUCAAGCAACAUGACUAUCCAGAGUGGGAGGGAGGAGUGAAUAAGAUGUACCAUGGAGUGCGUGAUUAUGAUUCCAGCAUUCCUAGAGUCCACCUUGUUAUGGAAAAAGGUGACACCGUAUUCUUUCACCCCUUGCUUAUUCACGGCUCUGGAAUGAACAGGACUGCAGGUUUCAGAAAGGCGAUCUCGUGCCAUUAUGCCAGCGCAGACUGUAACUAUAUUAAUGUGAAGGGGACUACUCAAGAGAACAUUGAAAGGGAAGUGGCAGAAAUUGCAUUGAAGCGCUAUGGAAUUGAGUCUGAAAUCGCUCUGAAGGACAUAUGGAGGGUGAGAGGACGCCUUGUGCAGGGAGAAAGAACCAAUCUAUAACUUUGUCAUGAAAAGAAGAAUAUCAAAAUUACAAAGAAUAUGAAAAUCUUCUUUAAUUUAUGUAACCUGUUGUGUUAAAACAUAAAUUACACAAGUCUAAUACACUUGUUUUUUUGCAAAAAGUUCUUAGGAAUUUAUCAAAAUAAACUCACAAAUUUGCAAAAUGAUGUGUCAAAUCUUAAAAAGUAGCACUUUCAACACUAUUUUUAAUUAGUUAAUAUUACAAUUAUCUGGUUUUAAAAUUAAAGUGACAGAAACAGAUACGAUAGAGCUGAUAGCUUUUCUGUAUAGUCUGUAAGCCGUUUGUUUUUUACACAAUUUAGUACCUCAGAAUUAUGUAGAUUAAAUUAACGUUGAACAUUAAACACCUUGUAUGUACAGUUCUUAUCCUGCACCUUUAAGUAUCAUAAACUUACCUCAAGAAAAUAGAUUUUUGGAGACAUUUUGAAUUUUUCCGCCACCCCAUUUUGUUGUUUUCUUCUUUCAUAAUGUUUUCAUGACAUGAAUGUGCAGCAGCCAUAUUAGAUCAGAAGAACCAAAGCCAAAUAUACAACAGUAAUCAACUGUAUAAUGCACUAUAAAGAAAUCUAAUUUCUAGUCCUGUUGCAUUUUUUUUUUCUGCAUUGUUUUUUUUUUUUUUUUUUCUUUUAAAAAACUAAACUUAAGUACAAAGCACUUUAAUUACAUGUACCCCUUUAAGUACAAGGCUUGUAAUGGGUGUUUUUCUGUUUUGCCAUGCUAAUUGUCACAUUCUAACAGGUCUGCUUAGGUUAUUUGUCAAAUGGGAGAAAAUAGAUUACUCAACACACCUUUUGUAUUACCCAAUUACAAGCUUAAAUAUUCUGGAUUUGAAUUAAUGAUUGAUGUAAGAGGGCUAAUUUGAAUCUUACAUUCUUUAUCCAUUACCCAUGUACCAUAAAUAUUAAUUAAAAAAAACUUGUAACUUUAAUUGAACAUUUAAAUAAAAUGUUACUGCAGCAAAUUUA